CGCGCCGGCUACGCCUACAGACCAGCUUGCUUCGCGCAGUCUCCCUCAACGGUUACCCCGGCUCUCCGCCUCUCAUUCCCGCGGCGCUCGAGGGACCAUGGCCGAUCCUCGCGUGAGACAGAUCAAGAUCAAAACCGGCGUGGUGAAGCGAUUGGUCAAAGAAAAAAUGAUGUAUGAGAAAGAAGCAAAACAACAAGAAGAAAAAAUUGAAAAAAUGAAAGCCGAAGAUGGUGAAAAUUAUGCUAUUAAAAAGCAGGCAGAGAUCCUGCAAGAGUCCCGGAUGAUGAUCCCAGAUUGCCAGCGCAGGUUGGAAGCUGCAUAUACUGAUCUUCUGCAGUUAUUAGAGAGUGAAAAAGACUUGGAAGAAGCUGAGGAAUAUAAGGAGGCACGUUUAGUACUGGAUUCAGUGAAGUUAGAAGCCUGAAGGUUUUCUAUACAGGGUGUUUUUUUGCAUUAAGUCCUGAGAUCCAUUCCACAAUUCAUUAUUUUUGACCACUGCUAUGUUUUCAAGUAGUAUGAGAAUGUGAUUCUUUUUAUGCAGUGCAUAUGUUUUUCUUUGCCUGAUUUAAUGUGUCAAAUAAAUGAGUUCAUCUAAUAAAA